AAUGAGUUCAUUUUCUGGUCGUAGAAAGGCCAGGCUUAUUAAUGUUGAUGAUGAUGACGGCAAUGGAAUAACAAAUACAGAUAAGGGCGCUGCUGACGCGUCGACUUCGGACGAUUCACAGCCUAAAUUCACGCCAAAAUUCACAAAGAAGCCAAUUCGUCAGUCUGGUCUCCGCAAAACCUUUCAACCCGAGGAUUUAGACGAUCCAAAUCUAAAUUCCGGCUCGGCAGCAGGACAGGAUGAUGACGGGCCUAUUGUGGUUCGACCCAAGUUUGGCUCUAAGCUUAAGAAGAAGGCGCCCAAGUCUCGACUCUCCUUUGGUGGUGACAAAUUGGACGGUGAAGAGGAAGACGAUGGGACAUCUGAAGCCGGGAUCAAGGCAUCGGCAUCGGCAAAACCAGCAUCGGGAGGCUUGAAAGCGAAGACUGGUCUUCGCGGUCUUCCGAUGAGAACAUUCAAUGAUGACGACGACAGACCAAAAUACAGCAAGGCAUACUUGGAAGAACUUCAGUCCUCUACACCUACAACACCGCGAGACACACCACCCAACCAAUCUACCGACGAUGAUCCGAUGAUCUUGGAUCCUUCAGAGCUUGAAGGUGCCAUGAUUGUAGACUCACCGACGAUGCCCCCAGCAGCAGUCCCCAAGACAGAAAUUUUAUCAGAGGCUCAAAUACAAGAAAAGAAGGCACGCAGAGCCAGACUCGCGCAGGAGCAAGGCUUUCUCUCUGUCGAAUCUGAUGACGAUGAAGAAGAGAGGAAGAAGGAAAAGGGCGACACACGCCUCAAAGCAGAUGAGGAGAAUCUAGGAGAAGGGUUUGACGACUACGUUGAAGAUGGCGGGCUGUCACUAGGCAAACGUGCUGUCAAGGAACGGAAGCGUCGCGACAGGCAAAAGAUUGCUGAAAUGAUUACAGCAGCGGAAGGAAACACAUCGGAUGAUUCAUCCGACAGCGAUGCCGCUCGACGAAUAGCGUACGAAUCAGCGCAAACGAGAGCUGGUAUGGAUGGUCUCAAGCGUCCAAAGAAGGAUGCUACGCAAGACUUGCUUCAAGUACCGCAGAAGAUCACUCCUCUGCCGAAUUUAACAGAGUGCUUGUCUCGUCUACAGACUUCUGUAGCCAGCAUGAGGCAACAAAUCACAACGAAGCAGGCUGAGGUGACACAAUUAGAAGCAGAGCGCGACUCCAUCACGAGACGCGAAGCAGAGGUUCAGACACUUCUUGACGAAACAGGCAAAAAGUACCAAGAGGCAAUGAACCGCACGAAGGAUGCUGGUGCACAGGUCGACCGUCUAGGGGUUCCGUCUCAUGGCAUUGCAGCAUUGCAGGUUGCUGAAGGUAGAGGCUUGGAGAGCCUUGGCGCGACGCCCAGCCGGUCUAUGGAUGAAGACGAAUAGGCGUGUUGUAUGAUUACUUAAGAAGGCGAAUUAUAUGUUGAAUACCCAACACGAUUUAUUUACGGUGGACGAGAUCAAAUUUCAAGAAGAUGGUUUGAUUUAAUAGCAAAUCUAGUAGUGUACAGCAAAAGAGAUAUGGGGAAUAUAUGUCAAGUACUAUAAGGAGAUAUUGUGUUCGUUCAUUGCUAGCGUCCGGCUCUCAUUUUAUACCGUCUUCUUGUCCGAGAUGCCGCUGUAGACGAUGUCUCGGUCAACCUUUGUGAGGAAGUACUCCCAGACGUCCUUGAUAAGAUGUGUUCGUCCGUACCACACGCCCUGGCCAAGAGACUUGGGAAUACGGGGAAUGGCCUUGAGGAAGUAGUUGGCAGUACUGUCAAGAGCCAUGCCCUCAGGCAUACCCUCGAAGUGCUCAAGAGUUGGGGUGGCAAUCUUGGCAUGUUUCUUCUCCAUGGUCUUCAUGAUGUGGACGGCAGUCAUGCCAGUAAUCAUGGAGCCUGGAGUCCAGGACUGACCGACAUAGCCCAUGAUGAAGGCCAUGUUGGGCAGGUGCUCCAGCAUACAGCCUCUCCAGGCGUAGUUUUCGCCAGGGACGAUCUUCUUGCCGUCUACCACAGGGUAGAGACCGUUGAAAACCUGGAAGUGGAGGCCGGUAGCAGUAACAAUUAGGUCGGCGUCGAGCUUUUCGCCAGAGUUAAGCAGAAUACCGUCUUCGGUUACAGUCUUGAUUGUAUCCGUCACGACCUGGCAGUUGUCUCGGGCUAGGGCGUCAAAGUACUCAUUGUCGGGGCAAAUGCAAAGGCGCUGCUCAAAGGGGUUGUAUCGCGGGUUGAAGUGGACAUUGGCGUCGAUUUUCUUGGGGAUCUUCAGCUUCAUAAUGAAGCGGAUAACCCAUCUGGCGAAGCGCGGGUUGCGAAUAAAGGUCUGUGUCUGGAUACUCUCGCUAACAGUGUGCAUCCACCAGGCGACGGUGUGAGCCCACGAGAUGGGGACGAACCAGCGCAAGACAGUGAGGAGUCUGGAUCGGUUGGGUCUUGGGAUCACGUAGGACGGACUGCGUUGAAGUUGGAUGACGUUGGCGGCCUUUUCUGCCAGCGCUGGGACAAUGGUGAUGGCAGUGGCUCCAGAGCCAAUGACGACGACACGCUUGUUGGUGUAGUCGUAAGACUCGUCCCACCACUGAGGAUGGAUAACCUUGCCCUGGAACCUGUCGAGGCCCUCGAUGGGAGAAUCGAGUGCCUGUGUGUAUGAGUAGUAGCCGGCGCAUGACAGAACAAAGUUGGCAGUGUAGUGGGUGACUUCGCCGUUGUGCUCGACUGCCAGAGUCCAUUUGGCGUCCUCUGUGGUCCAAUCGCAAGCAACGACCUUGUGGUUGAAGCGGAUCUUCUCCCAGGAGCCGUCAAGCUUGGAAGCUUCCUCAAUGUAUUUUGCGAUAUCGGGCCCUUGAGCAAUCAGGUUAUCUCUGUUCCAGGGAUACCACUUGAAGCCAAAGGUGGUGAGACUGGAGUCGGAGCGGAAACCGGGAUACUUGAAGAAGCUCCAGGUGCCAGCGCAAACAUCGCGUGCCUCCAGAAUGACGACCUUGCGAUGGGGCAUGUCCGUCUUCAUGGUGUGUGCCGUGUUGAUACCCGAUAGGCCGGCGCCAAUGAUGAUCACAUCAUGAUGCUCGACGCGCGCCAUGGUAAAUGUUGCUUUCGAUGUUGGAAAUGUAUGAUGGCCUAUAGAAAUUCGAGAAGUCUAGAGGCGAACAGGCGGAGAUGAAAAGAAAUCUAUAAGGCAAGCCACGUUGAGAAGCUGAAAAGAAAGUUAAGGAGAAAAUGCCAGCCACGGGGAUGGUGUUCUGUUUUCAUUGAAUCCGUCCCACCUGCUCUACUCCUACCCCUGCUCUACAGGCCGAGGUACGUUGCCGAUCAGGGCGCUCUGGGUAGUGCGUAGCGUGCUGUAGAUUGCGGGUACGGUAUUAUUUGGUGGAAUAUAGGCAUUGCAAUAUCCGCUAGGCACUGUAUCUAGCCGUAAACCCAACUAUUUGCCCCUCCAUUAGGGGGACGCGGGGGAGCUUCCCGACUCGUCCUAACGGCGGAGUUGCAGUGGGCUUGGCCAGGGGCUUCACGGGCGCUGUAA